GAAAAUCAAAAACUUUGUUUACAAAAUAGUGCCCGAUAAUAAAAAAAAAAGUUGUGCGAGAAAGGCAAAAAGUGUUCUACCGGUUCUACCUUCUUGUUUCGAUUUUCUUUCUGAAUAUUUUCCAGUCUGAAUCUCUGUAAAGAUUUCUUACAUAUCCAGCAGAAUGAAGGUCAGUGAUGAACAAUCCUCUUCCAAGCAAAAAAAGCGUCGCAAUUCGUCAGACAGCAGCAGCAGUAGUGAUAGUAGCAGCGCCAGUGACAACGAUACCAAACUGCGUAGAAACAGCUCCGGAAGUAGCCGAAACAGCAGUCCAGAAUCCAAAAAGUCAAAGAAAUCUCUCCGAGAGGCAAGGAAGGAAAAGCGGAUUCUGAAAAAGGCACUCAAGAAGGAAGCAAAGCGUGAACGUAAAGAAGUAAAAGCCCGGGAAAAAGCAUUGCGUAAACAAGCACGGGAUCAACGACGGGCGGACAAACGCCUACGGAAGCAGCAGAAGAAGGAUCAAAAACGAAAAGAUGACACGAAGGUGCCGGAGAAGCCGAAGGAGGACUGCGGUGUGCCCCUGGAUCUGAUGAACACCCGGGCACGGGCGCCGGAAACCAGGGAACAGUACGAAGCCCGCCAAUCGGUGAUCCGAAGGGUGGUCGAUCCGGAAACCGGUCGUGCCCGGCUGAUCAAAGGCGAUGGGGAAAUUCUGGAAGAAUGUGUGAGUCGCGAACGACAUCAGGAAAUUAACCGACAGGCCACCGCUGGCGAUGGGGCCGAAUUCCAGCGGAAGACGAUAGGGUGGAAAUUUGAUUGAGAUGACAAAAAGGUAAAUAGAAGGAAAAAAAUCUAACUUUCA